AUGUACACCACAACCAGAUUCUACCAUUAUCUACCCUCUGGCGAGUUCGCUUGUGACGAAGAACCUGAAUACCAGCCAAAACAAGAUGGAGCGGCUAUUAAGUCGUUGUACCAGAUGGAAGGUAUUCCAGAGGAUGAGUCUUCGUCCGAGGAUGAAGAUGAUAGUCAUUUUAAUACAGCAGUGGGUAUGGAAGAAAUUGAUUUAGAGGCAACGCCUCUACCUAGUAUGAUUUGGACACCAACUAAGUAUAAACCAAAAGAUGUUGCUCAAUUUAUUUCUCUGUUGCAAAACAAAAAUUUAAAGGUUUCCAAAGCUGCAAAGGAAGCUGGCAUUGGAUUAAAAGCUGCUUAUAAGUUCAAAGAUCAAUGGAAAAAAAAUGGUGGAACAAUCUUACCUGGUUACAAACCAGCCUCUGAAGUUAAACGUAAAGGAAAUACCGUGAAAUUGACAGAGGAACAUUCACAAUAUUUACAUGCAUUUAUUGAAAAGCAUCCAACAUGUAUUGUGAAAGAUGCUACAGAAUCCCUUUGUGAGACUUUUCAAGGCUUAACAAUUAACGAGUCCACUGUAUAUCGUCACAUUACUGAAAAGCUUGAGUUUACUUUGACUCGUACACAAGCAAGGUCUGUAAAUAGAAAUUCUGAUGAUACGCUUGAACAACGUAGACAAUUUAUUGAAGAUAUGUCGUCUUGA